AUGUCACUACCCGUUAUCUCCGUCGCGGGAAACGGGUUAUUGAAAAGUGGACAUCGGUUUCAGAUCAAAGGUGUCGCUUACAUCGGAGAUGCCUCCGGCUCAGAACGAAUUGAUGUGUUGGCCGACUCCCAGGCUAGCCAGUGCGCAAUUGAUAUCCCUAUGAUCAAGGCCCUGGGGGCAAACACCAUCAGCAUCUAUUAUAUUGACCCUACCCAGAAUCACGACAAGUGCAUGGAAAUACUGCAGAAAAAUGAAAUAUAUGUUAUCGCGAACAUGGCAUCUCAGAAAGAUUGGACGCUCCUCGAUAUGACGGGAAUGGAUACUAGCUCAAACUUGGUGAAUCAUGCCGUAUACCACAUCUAUUCGAUAAAUACUAACGUCUCCAACCCGAAGGCUAACUCAACAUGGCAAAUGGACGUUUUUAAAGAGUACGCGGCCGUUCUUGAUUCAAUGGCUGGAUAUCGUAACCUACUUGGGCUUUUGGUGGGUAGUGACAUCGUUACCGGUGAAUUUAUUAAGGAUUCAGGCUCCACAGUCAGCUUAGCCCCGUAUCUCAAGGCCGCGGUUCGAGACAUGAAGGCUUACACUGCUGCUAGGCAGUAUCGCUCUAUACCAAUUGGAUACACUUCUGAUUCAGAUAGGUCUUUACUUGAAGAUCUAGCACAGUACCUAGUGUGUGGCGGAAAGAGUGAAGAAGCUCUUGACUUCUUUGCAGUCAAUGAAUACGGUUGGUGUGGCAAUUCAUCUGUAGCACAAUCUGGUUACGAUACGUUGACCUCGAAACUAGAAGAUCUGGGAGUACCCAUGUUCUUCUCUGAGGAUGGCUGUAAUGCGGUCGCUCCGCGGACCUUCGGGGAUCAGCCUACUGUGUUUGGGUCUAAUAUGUCAAGUGUGUGGAGUGGCGCAAUUAUCUACGAGUGGAGGGAAGGAAGAGGCAAUUACGGACUUGUCUCAUACACAACUUCUGGUGUUAGCACACCAAAGACACUUGCCGAUUAUGAUGCUUUGAAAAGCCAGUGGUCAUCCGUCACUGCAAACACCAACCCUCCGUCAACACUUCCCACCCCUGCCUGUCCUACUUCAUCGAAUUCUCGGUGGCCUAUCAACCCUAGUGCCGCAUUACCCACUAUUGCGGGCCUCGACUUCGCUACAAUCAAAGCGGCAGACGCUUCCCCUACAGCGACUAGCAGCAGUACGAGUACAAGUACGAACAACAGUACCGAAUCUGGACUUUCAACCGGUGCAAAGGCUGGGAUCGGGGUUGGUGUUGCGCUGGGCGUCAUUCUCGCUGUGGGUGGCAUUUUCUUUUACAUCUGGUACCGCCGAAGAAAGAAUAUUCAAGCAGAUGCAUCGCCUUUGACGGCGCAGGCCUCACAUGUGGCAACUACGAGUGACAAUGCUCCACCGAGUGAAUUGUCUCAUAGUUCUGCAAGGGCUGAAUUACCUCACAGUGCUCCAUUGGCUGAGUUAGCGCACACCAACUCACCCAGUGAGCUGCCAGGCUCGGAGCCCAGGCCUCAUGAGCUGGACUCUGGAAGUGUUAAUAAUUUCGGCAGAGUGUGA